AUGACACCCAUAAGAUUCAAUCCUUAUCAUUACAAUACAACAACCACAGCAACGACAACCACACGUUGUAAACUUUUACAUCCCACAACCUCAAAACGUUCACAUUCAUUAACUUCGCCAUCAUCACAGCAUUUAUCACCGUUAAAAUAUAAUCACUUAUGCCAUAAUCCUGAGCCUGCCGAUUGUCGACUAAUAAUAGCAGAUAUAAAUGCAAAAGAUUGCAAAGACAACGACGGACUUUUUCAUAAAAAAGAAUUUCAACAAGUGUUUUAUGCGCAUAAAAGUAACUUAAUAAAGAAGAUUCCAUGUUUUAGACGAUACUUUGAGAAACUUGACCAAACUCAAUCUACGACAAAUUUAAAUUGUGAGAACAAUGAGAAACAUCAAUGGCAAGAAAUUGUCGUGAAAAUAGUGCAGCCAGAACUUGCGAGAUUCGAUGAAAUGCUUCAUUGGAUUGAAACAGGUGACAGCAAACGAUGGAUAGUCCAAGGUAUAACGGUCGAAAACUAUCACAUAGUAGUGCAAAACAUCAACCUGCUAGAAUUAGGUUGGGAAGCAGAAAGCAUUUGUGUGGGAUUUCGCAACGCUUAUCAUGAUUGGCUGGCGAUUCGUCGUCGUGCUGAAAUGGCACAACAUAAUUUACGAAAAAUAGAGGAAAUAAAGAAACCUAUGCGACUUUUGUGA